UUAAUUCUUACUCCUCGUCAGUCGUGCCUAACCAGAAACGUGCCAUUAAACAAACAUAAGAAGGUGUUUGGUGGGCAUGAACUCGUUGACCAUAUAAGAGCUGUUAUGCCAACGCAACUGCCACACUCCGAUCCAUCUUUUCAUCGUUUCACAUCUUGUUCGUAUUAGUUAAACUUCAUAUGUUUUGAUUGAAUCUCUUCAGUCUACUAACUACCUCUCGAUUGAUAUAUUUUCGUAACCUAUUUGACAAUUUUUGCUGGUCGAUCGGGUCGGAUCAUCCACAAGAUGCUGCUAUCUCGCCGGAUUCUUCGUGGAAGGUCUUUGAAUUCCGGUAGGAGCUGCUUGUGUUAUCUCACUUCCACACCUUCAACGACGGCGGUGGCCACCGAGUUGAAGCCUCCUACAAUCACCCAAUUCUCAACCGCAGCUCCAACUUCUGCCAAGUUAAAGUUCGACGGGUCUUACAAGUUGAACAAACUGUACAAUGUCAAGGGGCACUACUUUUCAAGUAAUGCAGUGGAUAGUCAACAAGCUGGUGGCAUUAUAGAUGUACCUUUAGCACAAACUGGUGAAGGUAUUGCAGAAUGUGAACUCCUCAAAUGGUUUGUCCAGGAUGGAGACCAUGUUGAAGAAUAUCAACCUCUUUGUGAAGUUCAAAGUGAUAAAGCAACUAUAGAAAUAACAAGCCGCUAUAAAGGGAAAGUUUCCAAGAUUCUGCAUACUCCUGGUGACAUUAUAAAGGUUGGAGAAACUCUAUUACAGUUGAUGGUUGAUGAUUCUGGUGUUCCAUUUAAUGCUUCUGAUGCAUCAGUAGGUUCUGAUGGAUCAAAAUCUGAUGAACACAAGCUAGAUCUCAGAAAGAGUCAUGAAAAUGAUAAUUUAUCCACCCCUGCUGUUAGGAGUCUUGCAAAGCAACAUGGUAUUGAUUUAGCAGAUGUCACUGGAAGUGGUAAACAUGGAAGAAUAUUGAAAGAAGAUGUUCUAAAGUAUGGUGUAGAAAAAGGAAUUAUUGAUGACAAACCUGCUUUUAAUCCUACUUCUAUCGAACCAAUGUCUGGACCUGAAGAACAACUUCAAGAGAUGGCUGAAUCACUUUAUCAUGAUAAGAUAUUCUCUCUAAGGGCUUAUCAGCGUGCAAUGGUUAAGUCAAUGACUGCAGCUGCUAGUGUUCCUCAUUUUCAUUAUGUGGAAGAAAUAAACUGUGAUGGGCUUAUGAAACUUAAAUCAGCUUUCCAGAAAGAGAAUACUGAUCCGGAUAUUAAAUUCACAUUCCUUCCCGUCUUAAUAAAGUCAUUAUCCAUGGCAUUGACCACACAUCCAUUAGUCAACAGCACCUUCAACUUGAAUAAUUAUGAAGUCACUCUAAAAGGCUCUCACAACAUUGGAAUUGCCAUGGCCACACCUUCUGGACUAGUUGUACCAAACAUCAAGAAUGUUCAAUCUCUUUCCAUAUUGGAGAUAACUAAGGAGCUAUCGCGCCUAAUAAAGUUAGCAAUGGCAAACAAGCUUCCUCCUGCAGAUAUAGCUGGUGGAACUAUAACUCUUAGCAAUAUCGGAUCAAUUGGUGGGAAAUUUGGUUCACCCCUGAUUAAUGUUCCUGAAGUUGCCAUAAUUGCCCUUGGAAAAAUUCAGAAAGUUGCAUCUUUUAGGGAAGAUGGAAGCAUUUACCCUGUCUCUCUCAUGACAGUAAAUAUAGCAGCUGAUCAUAGAAUACUUGAUGGAGCAAAUGUUGCGAUAUUUUGCAAAGAAUGGAAGAUGUACAUUGAAAAACCGGAGUUGUUGUUGCUGCAUAUGCGAUGAUCUGUCACAAUCAUGUUUUUAGGCCAAAAAAAAAAAGAAGAUAUGCAGACAGAUUAUGUAUGGAGUACGUCUUUGUAAGUUAACAUAAAUGUAUGUUAAAGUUAAAAUGUUCUUGUGUUGUGUGUGAACCUUUCUUACUUCAAAACUGAAAAAGAGAAUGAAUGUAUUGCGGGAAUCUUGUAACUUGUUGAAUCAAAAAAGUUUGUUUUUACUUUUUUAAUGCGUU